AUGCCACAAAAUGGCCUGGAGAGUUUGUGUUGUUCAGACGGUAAGGUACAGUUGCCACCUUUUCAAGAGCUACCUGUUCCGUUGAAAGCUCUGUUGGAUGGUUCCAGUCCAGACUCCAAACAUUUCCUCGCAAAAAUCAGACAGUACAAUUGUGCCUUCCAGAUGACCUCUUUUGGUGGUAAUGCCCUCCGCCAAGUCGGUUGGAAUCCCACCUUCAAGGUUCAAAGUCAGGUUUACCACCGGAUUGUGUCUCUUUUGCCGGAAACUGCCACUGAUUCGGCCCUUCUACAAAUAUACUUCAUAGCUGACUACAAUCAACAGGCAGUUGCCUGCAUGGGCAUUAUUCCUGAGAACGAUACAGGCCAGGACAAUCAUCCUCGCAGGGAUAUCAUAAUGAGUCUCCAACAAAUGAUCCACGAGACAAACAGCUAUGUCCGCAGACUUAAGUAUGCCCUCGAAAAUAACACUUCUUCUGAUUUCAUUAUUGAAAUUGAUGCUGACAAAUGGCCUCAGGGAGAGCACGAACGUCGUUACAAUGCUCCCGCAAGUAACGAAGAUUCCGUCAUUGUCAGCGGUGAUCAGCACAACAGACGGGACAUUGUUAUCGAAUCGCGCGGCAGUGGGCCCCGAUGA